AUGGCCUCCUUAUUGUCUGAGGUGCAAUUUCAGUGCAGCAUCUGUCUGGAGAGCUUCAAAAACCCUGUGUCUAUUCCAUGUGGACACAAUUUCUGCCUGGAAUGCAUCAAACACUACUGGGAUGUGGUGCAUAGGUCAGAUUGUCCGCUGUGCAAAGAAAACUUCAAAAAACGCCCCGAACUCAGGAUCAAUGUGGGCUUAAGAGAAAUCACUGAAAAUUUUCAAAGAUCUGUGAAGGAAAGACAGGCACACAGACCAGUUCCAGCAAAGAGACACCACAUUAAAAGACAGUCCUCCAAGCCUGAGCCUGUUCCUUUGGAGAAGGAGAUCAAUAGGAUCAAGACGAAGGUGAAGAAGACUCAAGAGCACUAUCAACACAUGAUGCAGAGCAGAUUAAAAAAGGCUGAAGAAAUCAACGAGUCAGUGGAGCUGAGCAAAAGAAAUAAAGAAAAAGAUAUACAGACAAGUGUUCAGGCUGCCACGAAGAUGAUAAGCGUAAUUGAGGAAAACCAGGCUUUGCUCAUCGAGGAGAUCGAACGGAAGCACGAGGCAGCUGAGAGGAAAGCGGAGGAGCUUCUCAAGGAGAUCAACCAGGAGGUCAAUGAACUGGAGAACAGAAGCAGCGAGCUGGAGCACCUGGAGCACACUGAGAACCCGUUUCUCCUCCUGCAGAGCUCUUCACAUCUGAGCGCCCCAGCGUCUAUCAAGCACUGGUCUGAUGUCAAAGUCCAGUCAGAAAACUACAUAAUGACUGUGAGGAAAACCUUCUCCAAACUGGCCGACAUCUGCCAUGAACUUGAGAAGGAAAUGUCGGCAGAAGAAGUAAGCAGGGCGAACAAAUAUGCAGUGGAUGUGACUCUGGAUCCUGCUACUGCUGCUGGCUGGCUCGUCCUGUCCCCGGACAGUAAAACGGUGAGCCUGAGCUCCUUGAAUUUCAGGAACUUGCUGUCCGACAACCCCCGCAGGUUCGACUCCUGCGUCGCCGUCCUGGGGAAACAAAGCUUCACAUCUGGGAAACAUUACUGGGUAGUUCAGGUUGGGAAUAAAAGAGAUUGGGAUCUUGGUGUGGCCCGGGAGUCCAUCAACAGGAAGGGGGCCAUCACAGUUUGUCCCGACAACGGUUACUGGGCGAUAUGUCGACGCAAAGGCGGCAGUCUGUGUGCCUGCACUGGGCCCUCCAUCACCCUUCACCUGAAUGAAAUUCCUCAGAAAGUUGGUAUAUUCCUGGACUGUGAAGAAGGGUUGGUGUCCUUCUACAACACGGAGGCAAAGACUCAUGUUUAUACUUACAGUGGGCUCACUUUCACAGAGCCGCUGUAUCCGUACUUUAACCCCUGUCUUCAUGACAACGGGCUGAACACAGCCCCACUGGUUAUCUGUCCAGUCGAGGAUGCUGUCAGUGUAGAUCCUGAAGUAAUUUAAACAAGAGACUCUGAUCAUCCUCUUUAACGUCUCAAGAGUAACCAAAUUACAGUAUUUAUCUGGGUAAGGAUGAUGCUGUAAUCUGUGAAUGCAAACAGAAAGCACUUGGAGCAGAAUACAGGAAAUAUUUGUAUCCAAAGUGUAGAGCAAAACUCCCACAUGUUAUCCAGAUACAGAUCAGGUGGUAGUACCAGGAUCAGGGUUUCUGCCAGUCCAUCAGGCCUAAGUUCACCUCAUGGA